AUUGCUAUCUGCUUCAGCAUCAUCUCCUGUACCGCAAUAGGAAAUGAACCAUUUAAGAAUGACAGCCAUCUAAGAAGGAUACUUCGGGGGAUGCAUCAGUUCAAUAGGGGAGGUGAAAAAAAGCAAGAAAUGGACUUCUAGUCUGGUAGUUGCCUAACUCUUUGGAAACCCUCAGCAACUCAUUCAGCAGUUGUCGUGCCUGUGAAGACUCUCUGCUGGGAGGAUGUCUUGUCCCAGCCCAUGUGAUUGUUGGUGGAUAAACAUUCUCAGCUCAGGUGUGACCUCUAUUGUCUAUGUUCUUCUCCUAGUAGUGCUUUACAUCAAGCUCAGCAGGAAAAUAGACAAUCAUUCCUGUAGCAAUCAGGCGAGCAGCAGCCCUUCUACAAAACCAGAACAACCCAACGCUUCCCAGGCAGCACAGGAGGUUUUGAAAAGGCCACGCAUCCAGGGUGACAGUGGCUCUUCCUCAGACAGCUCUGAGAGUUCAGACAGCAGCCCUUCCACUAGGCAGUGUCCUCGGUCAGAAGAAGGGGUCAAUUACACAUCCCUGGUCUUCCAAGUUACCGGUCGCAGCGCAAGCACUGCAGAGGACUAUGAGAACAUGAAGAUGGGAGAAGACUAUGUCAAUGUGGAUCCCAAAAAAAGGAAGGUGGAUUUCUGGACCUGCUCGAGCCCUGUAUCUUCCAAACCCGUGGAAUAUACUGAAGUGAAACUGUGAUUUCUUGGGAUGCUAUUAACUAAGUUUUCCUUAGGAACAUCAGAAUUGCCACAGCAGGUCAAAUCAAUGAUCCAUUCUUAGUCAGUAUCCUGUAUCCUUCUCUGCACAUUUCACAUGGGUCACUGACAACCUGUUCAUAUAGGUAUGUUCCUCCUAAUCCUCAUCAGUUAGUGACUGUCAUGUCCUGAAGCAUGAAGCUUUAUAUUCCUUACAACAUUUUAUUCUGCCUAAUGUAACUGUGCAUGUUCUUGUUAUCCAUACAAAGGUCUCUUCCCUUCUGGAUCCCACAAAGCUCUUGGCUGUGUUGAUACAAUGUGGCACUGGUUAUUCACAGCUAGUGUAAAAAGAGCAUUUCCGUUUCGCAGCGAUAAUUGUGCCCUUCCAUUUCAUUGGCUUCCCCUUGUUCUCCCAUUAGAGGAGAGAGUAAUUAAGAACACCCAAUAAAUAUAAUACAGGGCCAAAUCCUCAGGUAGUGUAAAACCUAAUUCAACUUCAAUGGAGCUACACCAACUGGGCUGGCCCUUUGAUUUGACUUGUUUUUUAUUUGGUUGAUAUC